AGUGCGUGUGAGUUUGAGUGAGAGCUUGAUUUCUUCAUCCUGUCCUUUAAUUAUACGCUGUCGUUGAGGAACAUGUCUAUCCUAAAGAUACAUGCCCGUGAGAUUUUUGAUUCUAGGGGCAACCCCACUGUAGAGGUGGACCUCUACACAGAGAAAGGUUUGUUUCGAGCUGCUGUCCCUAGUGGAGCGUCUACUGGAAUCUAUGAAGCAUUGGAGCUGAGAGACAAUGACAAGUCACGUUACCUGGGCAAAGGUGUAUCAAAGGCUGUUGAGCAUGUGAACCAAACUAUUGCACCUGCCCUGAUCAGCCAGGGAAUUCCUGUAGUUGAGCAAGAAAAGAUUGACCAGUUCAUGCUGGAACUGGACGGAACUGAUAACAAGUCUAAAUUUGGUGCCAAUGCCAUCCUGGGUGUGUCCCUGGCUGCGUGUAAGGCAGGAGCCGCAGAGAAAGGUGUUCCUCUGUAUCGUCACAUUGCUGACCUUGCUGGAAACCCUGAGGUCAUCCUGCCUGUGCCGGCCUUUAAUGUGAUCAACGGUGGCUCACAUGCUGGCAAUAAGUUGGCCAUGCAGGAAUUCAUGAUUCUGCCAGUCGGGGCCAGUAGCUUUAAGGAAGCCAUGCGCAUUGGUGCAGAGGUGUACCACAAUUUGAAGAAUGUUAUUAAGGAGAAAUAUGGCAAGGAUGCCACCAACGUUGGGGAUGAGGGAGGAUUCGCACCAAACAUCCUGGAGAACCAAGAAGCCCUAGAGCUGCUAAAGAGUGCCAUCAGUAAAGCUGGUUACACAGAUGAGAUUGUGAUUGGCAUGGAUGUGGCAGCAUCCGAAUUCUAUCGUGACGGAAAGUAUGACUUGGACUUCAAGUCUUCCGAUGACCCGGAUCGAUACAUCAGCCCUGAUGAGCUUGCUGACCUUUACAAAAGUUUUAUUCAGGAUUAUCCAGUGGUCUCCAUUGAGGACCCCUUUGAUCAAGAUGAUUGGGAGGCCUGGACCAAUUUUACCAACAGCACGGACAUACAGGUGGUGGGAGAUGAUCUUACUGUUACCAACCCCAAUCGCAUUGCUGAUGCAGUGGAGAAGAAGGCUUGCAACUGCCUGUUGCUCAAAGUCAACCAGAUUGGAAGUGUUACCGAAUCCCUGCAGGCGUGUAAGAUGGCUCAGUCCAAUGGCUGGGGUGUGAUGGUGAGUCAUCGCUCCGGGGAAACAGAGGACACCUUCAUUGCUGACCUGGUUGUGGGACUUUGUACUGGACAGAUUAAAACAGGAGCCCCAUGCCGUUCAGAGCGUCUGGCCAAAUACAACCAGAUCCUCAGAAUUGAAGAGGAACUGGGGGAUAAAGCUCAGUUUGCUGGGAAGAACUUCAGAAAUCCACUGAACUGAGUAAACCGUAGUACCAUUAGAACUACUUACCCUUCUACAGUAAAUGUACUAAUAGUUCAGUGUGAGACAUGGUAAUUCAACAGAAAGCAGUAUGUGUUAUAACUAAAGAUUGGGUGGUUACAGGGACUGUAUCAUCAAGGAAACAGAAACAAGCAUCAUAAACUUUGUGAUGGUGUCCAUUUGGAUGAGUGUUACGUGUACUUGUGUGAUGAUGAUUGUAUUGCAAAAUAGAGCAAACAUUAUUUUCCUGUAAAUGCUGCAUAGCAGAUUCCUGAGCUUUGUGCUUGUGAUAGUGGAUACUGUUAAAAUAAAAAUAUUACCUCAACUAAUGAAA